AUGUACGACGCUGCGCGGAAAGGGGAUCUCGCCAUUUUCCAGCAGGCUUUGCCGGCUGGAUUGCCGGCCAACAUGACGAAUGAGAAGGGGGAUACAUUGCUCAUGCUGGCCGCGUAUCACGGACACGCAGAGCUGGUGAAGUUGCUCAUCCAGCACGGGGCUGAUGCGAAUCGGUUGAAUGAUCGGGGCCAGAGUCCCCUUGCUGGGGCGGUUUUUAAGCAGGAGGAUAAAGUCAUCGAGGUGCUACUCGAGGGCGGCGCGGAUCCGGAUUAUGGUGCUCCGAGCGCGUUGCAGUGUGUUGCCAUGUUCAAGCAGGAGGAGAAGUGGCAAACCAAGUUUGAGUCUGCGCCGGGUCGGGGAAAGGCUGUAACAGAAUCAUGA